AUGUCCGUUUCCAGUUUAUUGCCAGAAGAUAAACGAAAGGAUCAAAGAAUUUCUUUGGAGAGCGUGUACAGCAGCAAUUCGCGGCUGAACUUGCUGCAAAAGCGAAAACGAAUGAAUCCGGCUCAGCCGCAGCAUCGACCGCACGGCGAACAGCGCGUGCUGUCCGCAAAGAUGCACCGACUCAAGGCGCUGCAGAACCAGCUCGCCGACGCGCAUUUUCACUUGCAGGAGCUGAGCAAUGAAAAUAAAAUCCUGCGAACUUUGCAAAAGAAGCAAGAAGUCGCCCUGCAGAGGUACGACAGUUCGAGCGCGGAGCUUCCGCAAGUACUGAGCGCGCACAGCGAGGAGAUGCGCGUGCAGCACGCCAAGUACCAGCAGGCUCGGCGUCGCCUUCGCGACCUCGAGGGCCAGCUGCGAGACCGCGACCUGCGUUUGCAGACUCUGCAGGACCAGCACAACCACCUGCUCAACCUCACGCGCGAUAAGAAUCUACCGGAGCGUGAGAAGCUGCAAGCGCAGGUGAGCGAGCUACGAGAGACGGCGCGGCAGCAGCAGGAGACGAUCGCCGGGCUGCAGCGGCGAUUGGCGCUCGAGGCUAAGAACUUCCGACAUCGGUUGCAGGCCGAAAUCGAUAAGCACCGUGACACACGAAACGACCUCGACCUGGCUAUCAACAACGCCGACAAGCUCUCGACCAUUAUCGAGAUGAAAGAGAAGAUGAUAAGCACGGCCGCCGGUCGCUGCGGAGGUAGAAGCUCGCCUCCGAAAAUCGCUUCCGUGGCACAGCUCGCCAGACCUCUCAGUAAAAAUUGGAAACAUGGCGAAGACCGUUCCGGUGAACGUUAUGUUCCGUCGAGACAGGGCGGAGAUUUCCGUGCGCCGAGCGGCUUGUCCGACGAGGACCCGGUGAGUCGUCCCCGAGUUCUUUCCGCCGCGAACGUCGAUCUCGCCAAGGCCGUGCAGGAGGGCAUGGCGAGCGUGGGCAUCCGCGAACAACGCGUCGCCGGCACGGAGAACUCGCAAAGUAAAAUGGAAGUGAUGAAGACGGAUUUAAUGAAUAGAAUAAGACAUAACGAGGAGCCCGCGUCGCGAAAAACGAGCGCACUCCGACGACAGUCCACGGAGGAGAGCGUCGACGAAUACGUAGUCGAGGAGGCGGACCGGCUCGAGGUCCGGGUGCGGAGAAGCUCGGGCGUAUCCUUCUACGAGGCCGGUCGCGGCGAAUCAGAGACGGACACGGAGCGCGGGACUGGAGACGGGACGCAGACGGGCAGACGCGUGGAACGAUACUGCAAAGACAUCUUCGAGGAUAUCGAGAAAAGCUCGCGUGUGAUAGACGUACACGUGCGGCAGCUGUCGGCGGCGGCGGGAGCGGGCGAGCGGCUGGCCUCGCAGCUGCGAGCCGUCGACCGCGUCAACGAGCUGGUGAACGCUCGCGGGGACCUUCCCGCCGGAGCGAUCUCGCAGCUUCAGAACGAGUUCGAGGCCCUGUCGCAACACGCGCUGCCUUCGCGUCUCCGUCCCGCCGCCGAUCUCCUCGGGGACCGGGCGCUCUCCAACCGGGAUCUUCUGGACGACUUACUCGGGAAGAAGUGA